AUGGAUGCUGCACUUAGAGUAGUUAGAUAUCUCAAAAAUCAGCCUGGACAAGGGUUAUUACUAUCAAGCAAAGUAGAUAACAAAGUUACUACAUACUGUGAUGCAGACUGGGCAGCAUGUCCACUUACAAGGAAAUCAGUAACUGGAUAUAUGAUCAAGAUAGGUGACUCAUUAGUAUCUUGGAAAGCAAAGAAACAAACUACUGUCUCAAGAAGCUCAGCUGAAGCUGAGUAUAGAAGCUUAGCUAGUACAAUCUCAGAAUUGGUGUGGUUGCUUGGAAUUCCAAGUGAAGUGAAUGCAAAAGUUGAAUUACCAGUGCAGAAUUACAGUGACAGCAAAACAGCCAUUCAAAUUGCUGCCAAUCCUUUUCCCCUAGCAGAAGUAGGGAGUUGCGAUGGAUGUACAAAAAUUAGUGAUGAAUCUUCAAAGGCCCCGAUUUUUGCCAAAGAAUCUGAGGUAGCAUUGGCUUCUCUAUAUCAGUGA